GUUCGUUUCUCUGCAUUCGGUCUUCUCCCCCAUUCUGCUUCUCUAUCUUCUUUCUCCAGUUUUGCAGACAACAAGUUUUCCAUAAAUCAGCGUUUGCUACAGUUUUACACCAGAGAUGGGGUGUUCCUGCUCAAAAACGCAAAAAAAUUACAAUUUGGGAUGAGUUUUGGAGUAUAGUUGGAGCUCAUUUUAACUGCAAGAAUGGGAUAUGGAGUAUGAUUAAUAGAAAAUUUGCAAUCUUUAACGCUGUGCAUUCCAUUCGAUAGCUAUGUCGGAAAAUCCGGUACAACUUCUGUUAAAAGGAAUAGACAGAGUUUCGGAGUGCAUUCAGACGAAUCUCUCUCGCUUCUUCCCGCGCACAGAUGAUCCUUCAUCCUCGCAACCCAGAAACAAGACCCCUCUUUUAACGCUGUCCACGCCAAAUCACACUCGCCAACCCGCCGAAAUUCUCAUCAAGGGAAAAGCAUCAGGCCCAACAACUAAAGAAGAACUUGGAAGAGCUACAUGGACGUUUCUCCACACUCUAGCAGCUCAGUACCCGGAUAAGCCGACCAGGCAACAGAAGAAAGAUGUCAAAGAACUGAUGGAGAUAUUAUCUCGCAUGUAUCCUUGUAAGGAAUGUGCAGAUCACUUUAAAGAAGUUAUAAGAACGAACCCUGUAAUGGCUGGAUCGCAUGAUGAGUUCUCCCAAUGGUUAUGCUAUGCGCAUAACGUUGUUAAUAGAAGCCUAGGCAAGGUUGUGUUUCCAUGUGAACGAGUUGAUGCUCGGUGGGGGAAGCUAGAAUGCGAGCAGCGCGCAUGUGACCUGCAAGGGAUCAUCAUGGAUUUCAGCAAUGGAGCAAAAUGAAGAUUGAGUGUGAUAAAUAUUGCUACUGAAUUUUGUAGCCUUAAAUCAAUGAAGAGUAACUGUGUCACUAUUGUUGGUGCAAGCUAUUCAUUGAUAUUAUUAUUGUUUA